AUGUCCGAUAAUAAUGAACUUCCUUCCUAUCAAGCCAGUGUAUCUGCUAAAAAUAAAAAAGAAUUAUUUGACCUUUUAAAUUUAAAUGAAUCUCAGAUAGGAGCAUUUUCUGGAACAAAAUGCUAUAAGUUGUUUUUUUGGGGAAUUCUAUUUCCAUUUCCUAUUCUUUUAAUUGGAGCAUAUAUUGGAUUAAUACAUUAUGGAUUUUUUAAAAAGAAUCAUUUUAAAGAUGAACAGCAACAAAUGUAUUUUGAAUAUGUUAAAGAGGAAGAAAUAAAAUGGGGGAAGCGGUGCUUCUAUUUAUUUGGAUUAAUAUCAUUUGUAAUAGCAUCUAUAUUAUUAGCUGGAUUUAAAAGCAAUUGGACACUUUCGGAUUAUUUAAAUUAA